AUGUCGGGAAAACGUAAUCCAGAACUUGAUCGAGAGGUCCAACAAUGGAUUGAAAGUGUAAUUGGAGAAAAAUUUCCGAGUGGUUCUUAUGACGAUGCACUUAAAGAUGGCAUCAUCUUAUGCAAAUUAAUGAAUAAACUUCAACCUGGCGCUAUUUCCAAGAUCUGUACAUCAGGUGGAGGAUUUAAAUUACGUGAAAAUGUUUCAGCUUUUCAAAAUGCUGCUCGUGCUUAUGGUUUACCUGAUGCAGAAUUAUUUCAAACGGUAGAUCUUUUUGAGAAGCGAAAUAUAGCUCAAGUAACACAAUGUAUUCAUGCCCUUGGGCGACAGGCACAAAGAAAAAAUUUUAACGGACCAAUACUAGGUCCAAAAAUGUCUGACAGUAAUGUCCGUGAGUUUACAGAAGAACAAUUACGUGCUGGACAAAAUAUGGUUGGUUUACUCAACGACGGAAUGAAUAAAGGUGCAAGUCAAGCUGGUCAAAAUAUUGGUUUAACACGUCAUAUAUAA